GGUUUCCGUGGAGACAGCUGAGCCUGCGGAAGGCGGCGGCGGAGGCUGCACCUGUGAGCGGAGGCUGGGGUAGGGGAUGGUGGCGCCGACUGAGCUGUGAGAGCCGAGCGGCAGCGGAGCCAGCCAUGUGCCCGCGGCCGUGACAUGGGCGCCAGCGGCUCCAAAGCUCGGGGCCUGUGGCCCUUCGCUUCUGCGGCGGGGGGCGGCAGCCCAGAGGCGGCGGGCGCUGAGCAAGCUUUGGUGCGGCCUCGAGGCCGAGCCGUGCCCCCCUUCGUAUUCACGCGCCGCGGCUCCAUGUUCUAUGACGAGGAUGGGGAUCUGGCUCACGAAUUCUAUGAGGAGACAAUCGUCACCAAGAACGGGCAGAAGCGGGCCAAGCUGAGGCGGGUGCAUAAGAAUCUGAUUCCUCAGGGCAUCGUGAAGCUGGAUCCCCCCCGCAUCCACGUGGAUUUCCCUGUGAUCCUCUAUGAGGUGUGAGCCUGGGAGGUGGCAGACACAAGCACCCCCUGCCCCAGCAAGAAACCCCCAGGCUCAAGGUGUGGCUUCCAUUGAGGAGCCCAGGCUGGGGCCACAACCCAGAAUAAACUCCGUUGGCCCAGAACCUUCAGCUGUGAGCGGGGUCAGUCCCGUAAUACUGGUUGGAUGUUGGUUUCUGUGUGGACAAAAGGUGGUUAGUGGCUGGCAAAGGCUAAUGGCAGACUUAGCAGCCCAUUCUCCCCAGCCACCCCUGCAAGAAGCAUGGCAGGGCAUAUACCCAUCAGGAAUGCCUGGUUCCUGGUUCUUUGCCUGGCCUGCUUUCUUCCAAGUUUGCCUGGGGCCCAGUCCUGCUAGAGGCUACAGCACUUUAUAAGCAAGGUCUGCCUUCUUCCAGCCCCUGGGCUGUGGGGGCUGUACAUAAAUGGAAACUUCCUUUCUUUCACUUCCCUUUUAUCCCCUAGUCAGAGCAUUUCAGCCGUUUGCUACCUCGAUUCCUUCUGUAUUGGACAGAGGCUGAGAGCAGUGCCAGCCUGAUUCUUCCCACUUACUUGCCAUUUGUUCCCACUCUCAGAUGGAUAGACAGACAGUUGGCUGGCUGUUGAUAGAAGUGGAGACUGGUGUCGGAGGCUUCUCCCUCCACCUAGGGCUAGUAGGCUGAUCCCCACUACAACUAGUUGAUGACCUCUCUGCCCAGUUGAGAGGGUACAAGCUGGGGUCAGAUGGGCUGUGGAUGCUUGCGCCUAUGGGGAGUUACUCCAACCCACCUAUUCUGUCUAAUCCCCCAUGCCUUGCACCAACAACCCCCCCCCCCAGUUGGGAAGGGACUGUCCACCACUUUGGGGUAAGGGACUAUACCCUAAGGCUGGUGCCAAUAGCUAUGAGUAGCCCACCACCCCUUCAGGAUCAGUCAGGGGAAGUGCUGGAGCUCAUGGGUAGGGACAGAAAGGAGGGCAAAAACCAUAAAAGGAAUACUUAAAAUGUGAAGGUUUGUAAAUAGUCUAGUCAAUGAUAAUGUUUGGUCAGAGCCUGAUUACUAUAUAGAGACGACUUUUUUUUUUUUUAAUUUCUUACUGUGCAAGCUCUGUGCUUCUAGAGUGUGGGAAAUGGCUUGGGGAAGGUGGUCCCCAGCCUAGGAAGACUGUUGUGUUAUUUGUUCAAUUUCAAUAAAAUUAUUUGUAGAUCCUG